AUGGGGGACCUGAUCAUGACUUAUGAGGACAAGGAUGGACGUGUUAGGUUGUUACCGGGGUACAAGUUUGAUCCCACUGAUGAGGUUCUUGUGGAUUUCUACUUGAAGAGAAGAGUCUUUGCUCAACCUCUUCCUUUUCAAAUCAUCUCAGAUUUUGAUGUGUUUCAGACCGAGCCUUGGGGUCUGCCAGGAGGAGAUGGAAAGAUUUUCAAUGAGCGGAAGUGCUUCUUCUACAACACGAUGGGUCAUGGCAUUGAAAACCUUGACGUGAGAGUUGUUGGAAGUGGAGAGUGGAGAGUUAUGGAGAAAGGAAAAGAUGUUCCUAUCCCUCAAAACAAAAAGGUGAUUGGGAAGAGGAACACUCUGAAAUUCUGGAAAGUGCAAGGAGCCAGUGUUAGGAGGACCAAAUGGGCUGUGUACCGAAUCUUUCAGAAUGAGGACGCAAAGGAGAAGGCAACAGGUUCUAAUGGUGAAAUCUCAAACGGUGGCAGAAAUACUACAAGUAUUGAAGUUAUUGAUUUCAAUGUUAAGCGUGGCAGUUUCUCAAAUCUUCCCCCAAUGACCCCUUCCUCAAGUGAGGGAACUGAAUCUCCUUAA